GUGUGACUCGUUGGUUCGACACGUACACACAUACCUCCCCUAUGAAACAUGAAACAUCAGCGCUAGCUCCGAAUAAUCAAGUGCACAAGUCUCACACACACACACUACGAUCGAGCAAGGUGGAAAGAAAAAAUGGCGCCUUCACGACGUCGCCGCCGCUGCACCGCCGCUCCUCCGACCACCGCCAAGCUCGUGUUGCUCCUCGUCGUGCUCCUGCUGCAACUCUCCGAGGGGGCAAGCUCCGACGGCGGCAGCGACGCGCCAUGCGAUUUCCCGGCGAUCUUCAACUUCGGCGACUCCAACUCGGACACCGGCGGGCUCUCGGCCCUCAUCGCCGUGGUGCCGCCGCCGUUCGGCCGGACCUACUUCGGCAUGCCCGCCGGCCGGUUCAGCGACGGCCGCCUCACCAUCGACUUCAUGGCUCAGAGCCUGGGGAUUCGUUACCUCAGUGCAUACCUCGAUUCAGUUGGGAGUAACUUCAGUCAAGGUGCCAAUUUCGCGACGGCCGCUGCGUCGAUCAGACCAGCGAAUGGCAGCAUCUUCGUCUCCGGCAUCAGCCCGAUCUCCCUGGACGUGCAGACCAGCCAAUUCGAACAGUUCAUCAACAGAAGCCAGUUCGUUUAUAGCAACAUAGGUGGAAUUUACAGGGAGAUUCUUCCGAAAGCUGAGUACUUCUCCAGGGCGCUCUACACGUUCGACAUUGGCCAGAACGACCUGACAAUGGGCUACUUCGACAACAUGAGCACUGAGCAGGUCGAGGCCUACGUCCCUGAUCUCAUGGAGAGGUUCAGUGCAGCCAUCCAGAAAGUGUACAGCCUCGGAGGGAGGUACUUCUGGGUGCACAACACGGCGCCGCUCGGCUGCCUGACGUACGCGGUGGUGCUCCUGCCGAAGCUCGCCGCGCCGAGGGACGACGCCGGCUGCUCCGUCGCCUACAACGCGGCCGCCCGGUUCUUCAACGCGAGGCUGCGCGAGACCGUGGACCGGCUAAGGGCGGCGCUCCCGGACGCCGCGCUCACCUACGUCGACGUCUACUCCGCCAAGUACAGGCUCAUCAGCCAGGCCAAGCAGCUCGGAUUCGGGGACCCGCUGCUGGUGUGCUGCGGGUACGGCGGCGGCGAGUACAACUUCGACAGGGACAUCCGGUGCGGCGGGAAGGUGGAGGUGAACGGCACGUCGGUGCUGGCGGGGAAGUCGUGCGACGACCCGUCGAGGAGCGUGAGCUGGGACGGGGUGCACUUCACGGAGGCGGCGAACAGGUUCGUCUUCGAGCUGAUCGUCGGCGGCAAGCUCUCCGACCCGCCGGUGCCGCUCAGGCAGGCGUGCCGCCGGGGCGGCGGAGGGCGAUGAGCUCUACUGUUUUCCCGGUGCAAUGCAAGGCUGUUGCAUAGCACUUCACGUGCAGAUUGGUAAUAAAGCAAACGGGAUUGCUAUAUGUCACUCGAAUGAAAUUUGGGGAUAAAAUAUGGUACAAUAGUUCUAAGUUAAAGUGAUAUCACUGAGCGUUUUGAAAAAAAUCACAAGUGGAAAUGCGACAUGUACACUCAGAACUUUUUUUCAGCGAAAGAGGGUCUUACAAAGGGUGAUUUGUGUCUAA